AUGAUCCGUGUCAUGCGACAGUGGGUCUUACUCCGUAUGCGACCAGCGUCACACCAGACCAGACUGCGCACACGCAAGUCUGGUGGGGCGCUACCCUUUCCGUCAAAAGGUCACGCAAGCAAUCGCCAAUGCCGUCGAGCUUGUCAGAGCACCGGAAAAAAAGAGUUCCGGGAUGUCUACCGGAAGAACAAGCCCACCGACAAGUCGGUUAUACAGCGACUAUGCACUUGGGACAAGCGGCGCGUCACCAACAUGAUGCGGACCAUGUUUCCGUUUUUCCUGAUAAUGCGCAAGUACCAGUGGAAGACGGACUUUCUGGCUGAUUUUGUCGCUGGACUAACUGUUGGAAUUUUGCAGUUUCCCCAAGGUAUGGCAUUCGCGAUGUUGGCUGAUCUUCCACCCGUGGUCGGUCUCUACGUGUCAUUCUUCCCCGUUGUCAUCUACUUCUUUUUCGGAACUUCAAAGCACGCUGCCGUGGGUACCUCGGCUCUUGUCGGCCUCUUGACUGGCUCCGUCAUUGGAAAAUUCUACACAGCAGGGACUUCAGCGACGGCGACAGGUGGUGCUGCUAACGCCACUUUGGAUGCCAACAUGACCACGACCGUGGCGACGUCUGCAGGAAUCACGGACGAGUUCAAAAUUGGAGUGGCGAUGUAGUUAUGUUUCUUUGUAGGUGUUUUGCAGGUACGAUGCAGCGUUGUUGUCUUAUUAUUGUUAAAAAAAGUCCAUAAAAUGGGAACACCCGAGCGGGCUUCGUCCAGCAUGGAGGGAUUUUCACUUACCUUGCCAUAAUAAGUAAGCAUGGGUCCAUGGUAAAGUCCACCAUUCAAGGUCAAAGGUCAAUUAUGAAAAACAUUGACACUGUCCAGCACAUAACGUCGUCCGGCAUGGAUGGAUUUUAAAGUAUAUUUGCAUAAAUAAUAAGCUUGAUGUGUCGGAGUGUGGAGCGAAAGAUGCCAAGGUCAAUUCUGCUACAAAGGUCACAUUUAGUAAUUGUCUAAAUCAUGUAUGGAUUUUCAUAAAUCAUGCCAUAGGGGAUCAUCAUGAUGGGACGGCGGAUAACGCGCAAGAAGCAGGUGCCUUGGUCUAAGUUCAAGGUCGCUUUCCGAGGUAAAAAGCCUAAUUUAUGAAUUGGUAGCUGUCACUUUGGCCGUAGCAUGUAUCUCUUGAGCAUGUAUGGAUUUUGAAAUAACUCGGCAUGAACGAUCAACCUAAUAAGACGGAGUGUCAAGCGCAAGGACCAGGUCCUAAGGUCCAAAUUCAACGUCAUAAUUCAAGGUCAAAGGUCACAUCUAGUAUUUUCCUAAAGCAUGACAGUAUUUUCAUUCAACUUGCCCCAAGUGAUCAGCAUGAUGAGUGUGGCGCAUAAGAACCAGGUUCCUAGUUCUAAGGUAAAGUUUACAAUUAAAGGUCAAAGGUAAAAUAAAGGAAAUUUGUACUCGACACUUUCUCCCGAGCAUACUUGUGUCCAGCAUAUCUUGAUCUACAAAAACCUUGAAUUAAUUUAUCAGCAUAAUAAGACAAAUUCCUUAUUUUAAAAACCAAAGUUCCAUGUCAAAGUAAAAAGUAAAACUAUAUGAGUCACGUUCUGAGAAAACUCGACAUGAUGCAUGUGCGUUAAGUGUCAUCCCAGAUUAGCCUGUGCGGGCAGGGACGUAACUUUCCGCCUAAAUUUGAAUUUUUGCUAA